AUGGAUUUCAACGAAAGCAGUGCGUUGGAGCUGGGAGCAAGCGAACUGGGAACUGUUCUCAGCGUUCCAGAUUCAAGCGAAGUUUUUCUUGUGGAAGAAAGCCAAGCUGGAGAUGAGGUAGCUCUUGAAACGAGCUUUGGACUGGAGUCUUCUGCAUCGGUGCCUUUCCACGAGCUGGAAGAACAGGAAUUGUUUGGAAGCGAAGCGGUUGAGAGAGAUAUUGACCUUGGGCCUUCAGUUGUUUCCGAUUUUUCUGCUUUACUGCCGGAAGUGUCGCAACCUGAAGCAUCUUUGGACGCCUCAUACAAUCCUGAGGACAUUGUGCAGUCAGCGUGGAAGAGCUUGAAAACACAAGAGCUGAAGCUGCCCUGGGAGGAAGGAUUUUGGAGCAAGUUCUUGGAUCCGAAUGUCACUGCUAUGGAUAUGCUUUCUGAAAAUCUCAAAAGGCCUUUUCCUAUUGCAGGGGAUGCAGAUGUGGAGAACGGCGUGCAGGAGGUUGACAGAAGAGUGGUCUCGAAAACAUGCAUCGAGAUCACGGGAUACAUGAAACACAUCCGGGAUAUACCGGAGAGAACAUGGAAAGAGGAGCGUGAGGCAACCUGGGAAAUUGCAAUUCGCAGAUGGGUCGCUUUGUUGGAUCAAUGGGAAGAUUCAGAUUCCUUGCUGUUGCAAACAUUAAAGGUCAAGGGCUCAUUCUCAGAGAAGGCUCAAAUCCUGGUUGAUGUCUUCUUCAACAAA